ACACCUACCUACAUGUAUCCAGCAUGGCUGCAAGAAAUGCAGACACAUGGAGGAGGAAAGCCAGUGAGCUGGGCAAGCUGCUGAAGGAUGGAGGAGAGGAAGAGAAGAGAAUGUCAGAAGCUCUGGGCUACCUCAGCUCCCUCAUGUAUCCAUUGGAAGGCCUCACCACAGAGGUGAUAGAGGUUCUGCUGAGGCAGUUUGCAGAGGGAAGGUGUGCUGAACUGAGUAGUGAGUGCACUGUCAUGCUGGGACGACUCGUAUCAAACCUCAUCACCUAUCAGAAGGCGUCCCUCUCGUCUUCGACCCAAGAGGGUCUUCUUUCUGUGUUCCUGUCACGACUCACCUCAGUGAGACCCCCCACAGAGCUGCUCUACGCCUGUGCUGCACUCGCUCAGGCCGGUACCACACACUGUCAAUCACAGGAUGUUAAAACGCUCCUUGAAUCGUCAGGGACUGUGGUUAACAUGGCAACAACGGGUUCCGUCGAUGUGCAGAGGGCAGCCCUGAACUACAUUAGCACCUUGUGUCAGGACAAGGAUUUCAAGGGUGUCUCUACUCCCCAACUGUUGGAGCUCCUCCUCUCAGCAUUUCUCUCCCCUACAAAAGAGACUGACACACUGCUGCAGAUAAAGUUGGUUUUCUCCCAACUCAAGUGUCUCCAGGCACUCCUCUCUCGCUCCCCCGUCCUCCAGUCCUCUCCCCACCUCACUAAUCUCCUAGCCGUCCUCAGGGCAGCCAUGACACUCGGUCUCCCCGGACAACCACACACUCUUCAGGCGGCCCUCCCGUUGGCGCUACCUGUCGUUCAAUCCCCUAAAAUUGUCACACCACCACCACCCUCCCCAAAACAGAGGCCACAAAUAAUCGCUGGACCUCAGCCGAGGAGGAGGCAAAAACGAGCCAAAGAUCAGAAACAUACGAAUAAAAUUGGACGUAGUCAUGAGUCUAGUGAUGGAGAAGCCUCGUUGGGUGAUCACGUGAAACUCCGCCCUUCUGUUAGUUUUGGUGGCCGUGGCUGUUCGUGGUCCAGUUCCGAGAGUGACGUAUCGGACAGUGAGCCAGCUCCUAGUCAGAUCAAGGUAGUGCACGGCAAGAUUCGACACCUGGCCUUCUCGUGUCUCACUGCUGUCUUCAAGAGUUUGGACACUCACACUAAGUUCUCGUUUGGGCUGACGUUCCUCCCUGAUGGACCACGCCCCCCAAACUCACCCCCCUCUCUAAUGACAUGCGUCCUCAAAGACCCACUGCCUAAGUGUCGAGGUGGAGCUCUGUCAGUUUUGUUCACAUUGCUGGAGGGGUCAAAGGUCUACCUCGCUCCAGCAGAUGACAGACCACGACCGUCUCAAGCAUUCACCCCAUACUCAGUUACCCUGGGCAACAUAGUGCAGGAGCUUCAUCGCAGUCUCCUCCUUGCCAUGGCAACAGAGAGUCAGCAUAAUACACUGACACAGGUGGUCCAUACAUUGGCUCAGUUGGUGGCCAACUGCCCCUAUCAUCAGCUGUCUGAUGGCUAUGUGAGGAGGGUCACAGUGGCAAUUGAACGUUACUCUACACACAGAGAUACCAAUGUCCAAGUUGCUUGUUUGACGUGUGCCGGUGCCGUGGUUUCCAUCAGCCCUCCUCUGCCUGAGGUCAUUAAUUGGAUCACUAAUGAAGGGGGCUCCCCCUGGAUCUUGGAAUUCUGUCUCAUACUACUGCAAACACAAAGUAUCCGAACGACUUCCACUAUAGAGAUGUCUAUAUACAGACGGUCAAGACUCCGUCCCUAAAGUCGGACUACGAGGGAACGAGACCUAGUCAAUAUAGCUGUGGGGGAAUGUGAUCAUGGACCGCUUAUAAUACCAUCGCGAUGAAGGUGCAUAUAAUUAUGUGUGAUUGGUGUGGUGUGUAAUUAUUACAUGCAUAGCUAUUAUAUUAUUCUUCAGCUUUGUCAGUAUAUAUAAUAGCUAUCUAGCUUUGAGAUUGUUAGGCAGAGCUAAAUCCUGGACACUCACGUAGAGUUGCAUGGGCACCCCUGCAAUGUAUAGUUUGUUUCUGGGAGGGCUAUAUCACAUAUGCAUGACCACUAUAUAGAUCUACUAGCUCCACACACAAGAGGCCUAUAGGCACAACCACACAGGAGACACAACAUCUGCGAGGCACAGGAAGUGUUUGAUGCACCAAAUUCUUUACCUCCAGGUCAAAAUUAAUUGUGUGUUACCUGGCAUGCACAAGCACUGAGCUUUUUAUAGCUGCUAAGAGUCUGAUUUGCACAGGGAUGCCUGGAGUUGCCACUUCAGAAUCGUGCGUACGGUGUAACAUAGCAUCAUGUGUUUCCACAAAGUUUGUAUUCAAGCUAUGAGUUGUAACAACUAUAAACAGAUUCAAACGAGAUUCUAACCGCUGACAGGAAAUGCACUAGCUUCUCCUCUCAAUCACAUGCUGAUGACAGAAAUGUUAUGCAGGCCAGGGAGUUUAGUUGGCUUUUUCUUCAAUUAAAUACACAAAUAUUAAUAAUUAUUGGUUGUAUGAAAAUGAUUCGUUGGUCCCUCUGUUCCAGCUCUCCAUGCCAUUUACACGGAGGGGUACCUCAUUCAACUUAUAUGUCGUAAGUAACGUCAUCAAAAUCGACUAGACUCACACUUGAAGCGUUUGUUUAUUUGUUGCCUCUAGCCAUAGCCGCACAAGGGGGAAAGCUAACUGUGUGUUUCUGUGUAUAUUUCAGUUGUAACUGCUCAACGGUUGCACGAGAAAACUAACAGCUUCUAUAAUUAGCCACGCUCUCUUGGAUUUUGAUUCAUUGAGUUGCAAUGAGUUAUAGCUAUUAUUUAUGAGUUCGUCUCUCACGUACUAAAGCGCUAGUAUAGCUAUAUACAAGAACGAAAAGGAUAUGCAAAACUGACACGUACAUGUACAUUUCCAGAAGCAGCAGUCAUUGAGAAUUUUGACCUCUAUGCAGAUCUUCCCCCUUCUUCGAUUAAAUUGAUUCACUUUCCGUGCAUGUAUAUCUUUUUUCAUAAAAGUUUACACCAAACAACAAAGAGUUUACAACAAAAUUGUGGGAUAUAUAGUGUACGUUGUUAGCACCCGGUAUAUCAUUACGUUUGAGGUGACCAUAAACAUGAUACAUGUAUAGACACAGUUAUUAUACUGAGUGGACCAAUCAGACUUCAUCAGGUACCCCUGGUACAAUUUUGCUUUUUAGUCCAAUUAACGAAGUGAGGUUAUGUUUAGGUCCUAUUCGAGAUUUUCCGUAUGUUGUUCGUGGUUUUCGUUAACAAAAAGGAGCAGCCUUUUUGCAGCGUGAUAUUAAAUUUGUGGUAUAAAUGUUCGCAGUACAUGCUUAAUCAGUGAAAAGCGCAAAAAUUUACGUCCUCAAAAUAUACCCGCUACACAGUGUGUAGAGUUUAGAUACUUACACUAAGUUCUCGUUCUGCAUGGCUGACAGUUCUCUCUAAUGGACCACGCCCUGUAAUAUGCAUAAUUGCAUCCUCAAAUAUCCACUUCAAAUGGUGAGUGCAUGUUAAAAUAUAUAAAUUGUAAUAGUAUCUCCUAUAGAAGGUUCUUGAUUUGGGAGGUAUGCAACUGUCUAUCUGUACAGUCAUGUAUGACUCGUGUGAAUAUGUUAAUUGACUUGUGUUCACAUUUUGGGGGUUUUGAAUUAAACUGGCAAUCCCCGACCUUCAAUCAGUUGUAUGCAUUGAAUAGUUUCGUAAGCCAAAAAAUGUUAUAUACAUAUUUAGUGUCACGGUGGGGCUCAGUCAUUUGUUCACGAGAGGUCAAAGGUCUACCUCUCUCCAGCAGACAACAUGUGUGUGCAACUCUCCCUAUAAUUAUUAGCCCAUGCACUGUUAAAGUAAUUUUCCUUCGAUACUUAAAAGCCAAAAUUGGUUUUAUAAUGGUUAGGCGAACAACUAGUUGUUCGCCUAAUCGUUAUAAAAGCGAAAACUCGGCCUGGGAUCGAGGCGCUAGGUUUACCACUUGAUCAAUUACAUGUACUUCUUCUAACAGAUUAUGCUUUCACUACAAACAUCACGUACUGUACAUUGUCUGCAGUGCAUGCAUAUUGUUGAUAUUUUUGUAAAAAUAAAUGAAGAAACACUGAGUGUUUAUCAUAAUUGCAGUAAGCAUAAUAUAGUUACGUUUCUACAUGUGCUACGUGUGUUCUGCUAACAGCAGGUAAUGUAAUCAAGUGGUUGGUGGAAACAACGGUGCGUAUUCGCUUGGGUCACUGAUACGAUGUGGAAGAGUUUCGUUAUUUGUGGACAGUCCUGUCGGAUGUGUAACUCGUCUUUGGUGGCAGCAGCUAAAACCACACCGACUGGUAAGAGCAGAUAUCAUCCAUGAAAUAAACAAUACCAUGUACAGCAUUAGUAUACCUAUAGCGAUAAUCACUAAAAAAACCCAUCUAAUAUUCUUGAACACCUCACGAUAAUUGUAUAAAGAUAACCCUAUCGCAAACACUAGUAGAAGAAAAACAUCAAAAUAGUUGUAACGGUCUUUCUUGUAUGGUCGAAGGCCAAGGAUAAUGACAGGUGUAAUAAUGAAGACCAUUUGGUACACAAUAUUGUGGUAUGCCUGAGAACCAAAGGCUAUGAAUAUUAUUCUCAACAGUAGGUAGACUCCAGCAAACCAUCGACAGUCCCUAGUACCAGGUGUUGUGCCGUUCUUGAAUAGCCCUGUGUGAUGUUUGCUAGCUCGUGAAUUAGAACACAUUUGAUUUUGCAAAAAUAGAGACAUCUCUGAAAGAAACGAUUCUGGUAGAAUAGCUGAAACAUUGCUGGUAGGAAUACCGUGAUAACAAUAAUGAUUGAUGAUAUUAUAGCUAGUGGAAUAUAUGUGCCCACAUUAAAAUCGGCUGCAAAGAAGAGGGUGUAUGUUACAUUUCCGUAUUUGUCAUAUAAAGGUACUGGCUUUAAAAGGCUUAAAGAAAUCGAGCAAAACCUGCUAUAGGACAGUAAAAAGAAGGUUACAAAUGCAUUCACUACAGAGCCUUUUAGUCUCCGAAACCUUGUUAAGCACUUGUGAAAAGGCCUCCAGCAAAUCACAAUUAUCUUACAUCCUUUGUCGUGGAGUAAAAUAAACAUUGUCAAGUAGACAGCCAAAGUAAAAGCGAUUGGUUAUAUAGAGAGGUGACCGUAAUUCAAAGAGCCGAGAGUCUAUACCGUAUAGCGCGAAACACAUUCUACAAAACGUCCACAAAAUGGAACCUCCAUUAAAAAAUUAUUGCAGCUGUUAUUUUGCACAAUCGUGAAAACCUAUAAUUUAUAUAGAUGCAUGCAUGUAUAUAAUUAUAUAGCUGCAUGGUCCCGGCUGACCUAUCUCACUUACCAGGGGAGACUUUUUGCUGCAAUUCAAGCAUUGCAUGGGGGAUCCUGAUGUGGCCUUUGAGUAAUGGAUUAUCUGCAUCAUGACGACUGCCCUCAAAAUGUUUUUGUAGCUUUCUCGGUUUAAUCUUGUGGCAGAUUGGAGAAAUUGAUUGAUUGAGAGCAGCCACAGAAUGUUUGUUAAUUUGGAGUGCUAGUAAAAACUCCUCUUGGUGUCGGCAGAGCUCUCUCUUUUCUCUUCUUUUGAGGAUUAAGUAUAGUGAGGAAUGCUCAAUAACGUCGGACCGUGUAGUAAACUCAACUUCAUCAUUGUCCGAUGUAAUUGGUGUGAUCUGUUGCAGAGGUGUGUAAUUCUGCCUCAGAACUUGAAGGUGAUCCAUUCAAAGAAAGUGAGAGGUGUGGUCUCGUGCAUCGCUUCUUCUUGGGAGACCUACACAACUUGGCAGGAGAAUACAAUUUUUUUUUCAAUGUAACUGCAGCUGUUUGCCUCACAUUCCUGCUCUGGUGAGCCUCACGUGCAGGAGUUUGUUGAGAGGAGGAUGCAGGAAUUUGUUGAGAGGAGGAUGCAGGAGUUUGUUUCAGUUCAGAGGAGGCUAUAAUUAUAUAUAUAUAUAUAUAUAUAUAUAAUUAUAUAUAAUAAUGAUGACUGCCAUGAAAAUUAAUUAUUUUGAACAUACGGCUUUUAGGGGCGGGGGGGAUAUUGCCUCAUUAAUUGUAUAAAGAGUUAUAGCAUUUUCCUACAUAACUAAUUUGCCUUUCUCUAGUUUUGCUACUGUGUCGUUGCUGAGAGACGAUUUUUGUAUCACAAAACUCCGCACGUACACAUUGUUGGGUGAUUGUCUUCCUUUUAUUCCCGUCUGUACGUAGGGAAGGUUCACUCCAGGUUUGAGGAAUAUAGCUGCAUGUGGAACACUUGGUUUGAUACUGCCCCUGAACAAAUUCGUAAGAGCACUCUUAAAUGAGGAUGACAGGGACUUUCCCAUAGAUUCAUUGUGCUUCCUCAACUGCCCAAUGUUGAUUGCAAACUGAUCAGAGCUUAUAUUCCGUACGAAAGUCAACACCUGCAUGCAUGCAUGCAACUCAGGUAACCUAAGGACUGGGUCAAGCAAUUAUUGCUGAAUCAGCGAAAACGCAGCCACGCCCACGAUUUUGAAUAUGUUUUGUGUGUAAAAAAUCAGUUUAGCUACUUAUCUUUUUUAGCUCUAAAUGCGGUUGCCUAAACCUUCCUUUCAGCUCUAAAUUGCUAGUGUAGUAGGUAGUUCAAAGGUUCAUGCAGACAUUCUCGUCGGGAGGGAGCAUUGUACUCUCUGAAAAGUAAGUUAUUAGCUUUUACAUGUAAAAUUAAUUAACAGCUAGAAAACUAGGUUUUUUGAAAAAUCUCACCUUUGGCUGAAUGAACAGCUCCCUCCCGAUUGAAAUAUCUGCACAAACCUUUGAACAGCCAUCAGAGGUCACUGUCGAUAGUAAAACUCUGUCAUUGGGGCAUUCUCUACAUAGAUUUUUCAUUAUAAUGUCUUUAAAAUGUCGUUCUUCGAACUUUUGUGAUUCUGUGAUUCUUUACUCACUAAUUCUGCAGCUACCCGUCGUUUAUCUAUUCUCUUACCCCUGUAUAGGAUGACCAGUGUGGCAUUCUUCUGUUGGCAGUGAAACAAAAUAUUAUAUACUCGAAGUUGUAUUUUUUUAUUGUAAUGUGUGCAUAGCAUGUACGCGUAUACCCUAUAUUUCCUACUACCAUUGACUAAUAUUCGUGUUUAAUUUUUCUCUUUGUAGUAUUAUGACCAAACUGACAAUUCAACUGCCGAGUUUCAGCAAUGCAUAACAGUGAUGUUUUUCCGUUCCAUCCGUCCACAAUUCCAGAAGAGUCAGUGGGCGACUGUCAUCUGUAUCUGUGGAAUUGUGCACUCAAAAACUAACUCCCCUCACCCCCUUUCAAAUGUUCUGUUUGAUGUAUAGUGCUCAUAAUUUCUUGCUGCAUUAAUUGCACUUACUAGAAGCUUUUGAAUAUAGUAUAUCUACGUG